CGUAGUUCACAAAGCGAGCACCUUGAGACAUUUCCGGAAAGAGACUUAAUUUGAUUGUAUUUGUCAUUAUCUGUGCCACGGAAUGAAUUCUAAAGGAUGGAAACGUUUGGAAAUAGCAGAGCUAUUAAUAGCACUAUAUACAAUUACACAAAGUUCGAGUUUAUAAUGUUAAUAUCAUAUUUUCAGAACAGGGCGGUGUCGUUAUGCUGGAAUUUCUUUGACCUGCCAGAGAAUGUGCAGAAUGCAUGGAUUUUUCUGAAGAACAGGAUGUCCCCAUCAAUAAAUUAUUAAGCAUACACAACCAUCUAUUGACCUAUUCAACAAAGAAUAUAUUACAUUUGUUGCUAUAUAUUUGAGGCGAGUUUUAAUUAUCGAUGAUCAACAGUUGGUCUUUAGAUCAACAAGUAGUCGAAGUGCAGGAAGACAAUUAUUGUCUGUGCUGAUGGAAGUCUUUCAACUACAAAGCUCAUAUUAAACUAAUUCCAUCAAAAUGUUGCCGAAAAAGAAAGAUUCUGCAUCAGGUAUAAAUGAUGGAAUUGCUGGGAAAUAUGUCAAAAGAGACACUCCACCUAUGUUGAGAAAUUACCAUACUCCUGUAAGACAAACGCCAAACUUCCAGAGAAGGAGUUCAAAGACACCAGCAUUUUACGUUCCUCAGCAACCCAUCAUCCGCCCACCCGUGUCACGCUCUGUCCUUCCCACCUCACAGAUGACCUUCACCAGUACAAGCAGCUCCUAUGAACGUCAGGUACAGACUCACAUCAACAAAUCACAGCCACAGAAACAGUCUCUAAGUAAACCCAUACAGACACCAGUGUCUCCGAUCACUCACGGACUACAGAACAUUCAUAUGUCUAGUCAGGGUGGGGAACACUUCCAUACUCCUAAUGUUAAUCUGUCUCAACCGGGAGGUGUUCCCUACCAGUCUGCUAAUGCAGGGUCCAACAGCUCCCUAAGUACUCAGGGAUCAACAUCUAGUCGUGCGACCACUGGGUCAUCUGGCUAUCAGAGUGGAGGUUCAGCCGUCCAGCACUUGGUCCAGGAGGUCAAACAACCCCAACCCCAGCCCAGCAGACUGGGGGCCAUCAGAGAAGACAAUAACGACGACAUGUCUGGGCAUUAUCACAGUAACUAUGGCAAUGACCAUCAUAAUCAGUAUGAUGAGAACUACCAGAUCCAACAGUACCACCAGGAGAUACGUAAACACUACGCCCAGCAGAAUCCUGGAGGACAGAUUGUAAAGCAAAGCCUGCACGCCUCCGCACAGAAGGAGAUCCAGACCACCGUCCCAUCCUCUGCCUCAAGUGGGUUCGCUGGUCAAGACGAGAUGGCCUUACCAACUGGCUGGUCUAUAGACUGGACGGUGAGGGGAAGGAAGUAUUACAUUGAUCACAACACCCAGACUACCCACUGGAGCCACCCGUUUGAGAAGGAAAGUCUGCCGAUGGGCUGGGAGAGGAUCGAAUCCAAGGAGUUCGGAGUCUACUAUGUCAAUCACUUUAUGAAAAUAGCACAGUACCAGCAUCCAUGUGCCCCGACCAUGCCUCAGUUGAACCUUGCCUUCCAGUUCUCUCAACGACCCGGUCUACCCCAGCAGAUAGAGUACCGACCAGCUCGUCAGACAAAUGUGCUGGUACCUGCAAAUCCUUAUCUUUAUACAGAAAUCCCCCAGUGGCUGAGUGUCUACUCCAGAGGUGCACCAGAACAUGACCACAAGUUAAAGUGGGACUUGUUCACCGUCAGUCAACUGGAGCAUUAUGACGCCAUGCUUAUGAGAUUACACAAACAAGAACUGGAACAAAUUGUGAUGAGUUAUGAAAGUUAUCGUAUGGCUCUGAAUCGUGCAAUGGAUAUUCGUAAAAAGGAACAGCAGCCCCCUCAGUUACCGAUGCAAUUAGCCUUACCCCAGAAUCUCGAACAUCAUGACCUACUACAGCGACAGUUACCUGCCUUACAGGAGGCACUACAACAAAAAAUGAUGGCACAAAACAGCGGAAACCAAAAUAAAGGACACUGGCACAAAAUAGAAUCACCAGGACAACAACAUGUGUUACCACAGCAACAACAUCACCAACAACUACAUCAACAACAUUUACAGCAUCACCAACAACAGCUUCAUCUUCAGCAACAACAACAGGAACUGCAUCUACAACAACAGUAUUUACAGCAUCAGCAACAACAGUUACGGCAAAAAGAGUUACAGCUUCAGCAGCAACAGUUCCAGCAACAGCAGCAUAUACAGCAACAACAAAAAAUACCACAGCAACAGGCACAGCAACAGUCUCAGCAACAGAACAGAUUACUGACUCAGAACAUAGAAACAAAAGUAUGACCGUGGAUGUCUGUGGUGUAUAGAGGCUCCAACAAAUAAUCCAGUACCGACUGUAAACCCACACCUUUGUCACAAACGGACUGCAUAGUUGCUAAUCUAGAAUAGAGCUGGAAGUGUGUAGUUGGUUUGACUGGGAUUUAGGUACUGUUGUUGGGAGAUAAACAGCUUAAUGGUUAGAUGAUUAAAAUAUGCUGUAAUCUGUGAUGAAAUCAAAACCAUCAGCAUGUUGAAUAGAUUUUGUUUUAGUGCCACAUUCAACCAUUUUAUGAUUCAUUUCAUCCAUCCUGGUGUUGAAGCCCUCAUAUACAACGUAACAUUUUUUGUGCUAAAAGGACAAGAAACGAGUCAAAAUGUGAUAUGGUGCUCUGUUAUACUGUGUCAGCUAUGACCUGACCACUGUGAGUUGUGUGUUGAAUAUUACCAUAAAUAUAACCAUGUAUUUUCACUGAUAUUUUAUUUGCACCCAAAAUGCAGAGUAGUAUCAUAAAAUGAUAAAUCUGAAUUCAAAAUACAAAAUAGUGUCAUAAGAUUAUAAAUUUUAAUACUGUCCUAAAAUUCAGAGGGUGAUUAAAACUUUAAUUGUAUUCUUAAUGAAAAACUGACAAGACAAGGAGAUUUGUGAGAGGGGUGUCUGGUUUUGACUUCAGUAAUUAUGCAUGUUCUGAAGUUUGGCAAUGUUGUUUAUUUAUCAUGUCUUCUGCAUAACAUAAAAUCACCAAAUUGGUUGAACAUAAUUUUGAUUGUGUACUUUAAGAAUAUAAUUAAAGCUUUGAUUACCUCUCUGACAUGCUGCGGAAGGACUUUGGGGAGUCCAGGUCAGCCAGCCCCAUACUGUUUCAGCCAGUCGCUGCCUUGUAUAAAGGACUGUCUGUUUACCAAAGCAUGGAGCCAAAGAAAGGCUGGUUACACCUCACUGACUUUAAUGGUGAAGAGUUAAAAAUACUGCAGCAAUACAUGUGAGGAUGUAGUACUCGGGCAGGUGUGCAAAUCUCAGCUUGGUCGUUCCUACCAGUAAUCACUUUUCAGGUUAAAUAUUCAUAUUCUAACAAGUUUGAUAUUUAUGAAAUAUUUCAUGACAAUUAUUUUAACAAAACCAAAUGUUACCCCAAAAAAGUGUUUAUUGACAUAACUUUAGUUGGACAAACAGUCAAUUACAGUCAUGUGAUAAGGAAACAUGUUCCUUGUCAUGUGAUGAUCAUGUGAUCAGUGUUACACUCCCUCGCUUUCAUGUGAUGAUCAAGUGAUAGUGUUACACACUCCAUCACUGUCAUGUUAUGAUCAUGUGAUCAGUUUUACACACUCUCCAUCGCUGUCAUGUGAUGAUCAUGUGAUAGUGUUACGUUACACACACUCUUUGCUGUCAUGUGAUGAUCACGUGAUCAGUGUUGCACACACUCUUCGCUGUCAUGUGAUGAUCAUGUGAUCAGUGUUACACAAGUUCUAGUUGUGGUGUAACUGACAGUCGCUUACAGUGGCCAGCUUGUGUAUGUGAACAGACUGGUGAAUCCUGGUAAACCUGGAAAUGUUACUACAGGCCUUAAAGGCUUUGUCAAAACUGGACAGAAGGCAACAUUAGAUUAUCAAGUUGGUCCCUUUUCAUUAACAACUCUGGUCAGACCAUUUGGAAUGUAACAAAGGUAUUCAGGUUAUUUCAUCUGAAAUACAAGUGACGUAAAAUGUGUAAUUCAGUCAUGGAUAUGUGUGACAUGUAUAACGCAUGAUCGUGUUGAUAUUAACUUCUUACAAAAUACAUGAUAAAGUUGACAGUUAGACUAGAAAUAACUUAUUUUCGAUUUAACUGCCACGUGCUUUUUUGAACUAUGCAAGAUUUAAACACCUGUGCCUGUUACUUCCUUUUUUUUAUAGAAAUUGUAGGAAAUAUAAUUUCACUUAGAAUCAUGCUUUUAUAUGUGAUUUAAUUUGUUACUGUAUUUUAUAGUAAAAAUAGCGGUUUUUGAAGGUCCUCAGAUGGUCUGGUACUUGUAGAUUGUUGUUUUGAGUUAGAAGUCCCUCCUGGUGCUGACCGUGUGUGAUGCGUUGUCUCGUCCUACAACAGGUGCUGUUGAAAUAUAACAUUUGGCUCGAAUGAGUACCAAAAUAUGCAAAUUAAAUUGAUCCUUUUUAAGUGCUUAGCUCUUUACAAGGUUCAUUGUUUUCUUUAAUACCUGUGUGUGCAGGAAGAAAUGUCCUGGAUGAAGCAGUUAAGCAGUGGUGUAAGUACAUUUUACAUUGAAUUUCAAAUGGCUUUAUUGUAAUGAAGCAAAGAAGACUGCCACACAUUGUCGUGUCAAGCAUGGAGGUUGGCAGGAAAUGUGAUAUUUUUCUCUCUAUAUACAUGAAUUGACAUUUUCUGGAUUUGUAAAAACUGUAUACGAGAGAAAAAUAUUCAUUCACACCUGUGUGUGUGAGAAGUCCCUCUCAAGGCUAUUGAUUAAGAGUAAAAACCAUAGCAUCAGGUGUAACACUAAGUCAUACACACAAAUAUUAGGGAGUCUAUAUAAGCCUGUAUUGUGAAUCAUGAACUUCAGAGUCGGGCUACAUUUAUAUAAUUACCAGUAAAUAUAGUGCAAUCUACUGCAGGUUUCCAAUGGUGAGUGUUGCUAGAGGGAGAGGGACUGGUUGUUAAGGUAACUUGUUAUCAUACUAUGAGAGGAAGAAGCCACUGCCAGGUCUGGAGGAGGAGGGACUGGUUGUUAUUGUAACUUGUUUUCAUAUGCUGUUAGGAAGAAGCCACUGCCAGGUCUGGAGGGGGAGGUGUCAAUUUAUUUUCAUACUCUGAGAGGAAGAAGCCACUGCUAGGUCUGGAGGGGGAGGGGGACUGGUUGUUUUGGUAGCUUGUUCUCAUACUCUGGAAUGAAGAAGCCACUGCCUGGUCUGGAGGGGGAGGGACUGGUUGUUAUGGUAACUUGUUAUCAUACUCUGAGAGGAAGAAGCCACUGCCUGGUCUGGAGGGGGAGGGACUGGUUAUAAUGGUAACUUGUUAUCAUACUAUGAGAGGAAGAACCACUGCCUGGUCUGGAGGGGGAGGGACUGGUUGUUAUGGUAACUUGUUAUCAUACUCUGAGAGGAAGAAGACACUGCCUGGUCUGGAGGGGGAGGGACUGGUUGUAAUGGUAACUUGUUAUCAUACUAUUAGAGGAAGAAGCCACUGCCAGGUCUGGAGGGGGAGGGACUGGUUGUUAUGGUUACUGCCACUUCAUGUCUCACAUGGACACAUGGACUUUUAUAUUUAUUGACUUUACAUGAGAGGCCUUAUAUUAUCAGAUGUUUUUCACUGAUCUCCUUAGAAAUGUGAUUCCACUGCUCUUUUCUAGUUUUUGUGUAUUUGAUAGAUUUUAUGUUUUACUUAGCUUGAUUUUAAAACAUAUGUUGUUUUCUGUAUUUUUUCACAUGAUUCCAUUGUGAUCUACAAUCAGACACAGUGACCAUUUAGUUUUGGUGAGUAGACAUGAUGGACAUUUUGCAUGGUCUGCAGCAGUUAAAGCAGUGGUCAAUGGAUACUUGUGACUGGUUAAAAUCUCAACCAGAGUUUGAAGGUGAUUUUAGAGCCAGUUUUUUUUUGGUGUACAGAUCUUAACGCAUUGCUCCAACUAGUCGUUCAGCUUAUUGAUAUUAAUCCUGGAACUAAUGGUCAUUCAACUUACAACUGGAACCAGGGCAAAGUAGAAAUUAGGCUUUGUAUGAUUGGGUUACUAAGCAGACCUUUAGACUCGGGGCCUAAUGGUUAGCAGACCUUUGGACUCUAGGCCUAAGGUUAAGCAGACUGUAAUCAGACCUUUGGACUCGGGGCCUAUUGGUUAGCAGACCUUUAGACUCUGGAUCUAAUGAAUAGCAGACCUCUGGACUCUAGGCCUAAUGGUUAGCAGAUCUUUGGACUCUAGGCCUAAUGAUUAACAGACAUUUGGACUCUAGGCCUAAUGGUUAGCAGACUGUUAGCAGACCUUUGGAUUCUCAGCCUUAUGGUUAGCAGACCCUUGUACUCGGGAUGAUAUUCAGACCCUACAUGAUGGUGUUGCAGGUUCCUGGAGUGUAUGUUUUCACAGCCUCACUGUUACUUGUUUAGAGGACAGAUUAAUUGUCUCAUUUUAUUGUAACUAUAUAAAUAUAUUUUUAUUUAGUUUUUCAGUCAUGUUUGUAUUUUAAGGAAAUUAUAAAAAAUCUGUAAUGAAAAAUCCACAAUAAGUUAAAUAGAUAUAUUGAUCAUUAUUUCUGUAUUGCAGACAUGACAUGCCAUAUAUAUUUAUAUAUCUAUAUCCCCAAAGUGUUCCCCUGUUCAGUUUGACUUGUAGUUCUGUAUGACCUCGUAUUUGUACCGGUUUUGAUUUUGUAAGAAAUUCUACCACCCUUUAUUUUAAAGUUGCUUUGAAAAUAUGUUUCUUCAUUUAUGAUAAUUACAAAUUGUAUUUUUGAAUGUGCCGGCCAUUAUAAGAAAUUAAACAUAUCAAAAGAUAGGGUACACCUAUUUGGUGUGUAGGUCGGCAUGGUGUGAAACAGAUUCUUGGAUGUAACAUCGUAGUACGUAUAUGAGAAUAUUUGAUUGUAUUUACCUCAAAACUACCCGGUAAGUGAUCAUCAAGUUGAUAAUUCUUUUUCUGUUAAAACUUUCCAGGAACUAUUACAUUAUAUCAAUUACUCAUGAAUAAACAGUUUCAUCAGCGCCAUCAUAAACUACAACAUUUUCACAAAAAAGUGUUAAGAAAGUCAAGCGUUCAACAAUAUGAGAGGCCUUAUUUGGAUUACUGGUCACAUUUAAAUUGUGUGGAACAUUUAUGUGCAUAUAAAACAGAGUGUAACCUGAAAAGUUUGAGGUUUAGGAAGCUAAAGGCCUCUGAAAGGUUUUACCAAUAUAGAGUUUUGAUUUUAAGAUUAGUGAGAAAAAGGAACUUAAAACCUGUAAUGUGUUUGAAGUUUUUGUAUUCAAUAACACGGAAAACAAAUAUAAAAAUGUAUGAUAUCUUAAAGUUGCUCAAAACAUGCAAUUCAAUAAAUGGCCCACUGAUGAGCAGCCAUAUCUUCAUGAGGUAAACACCAUGGAUUAGUGGAAGAGGCAUUCUUCCUACUUAAUAUUUACCUCAUAUUUCAUGUUGGACAAUUGAGUUUGAAAAAUGCUCCAGUCAUUCGGAUUUCCCUCCCCUUGUUAAAUAUUAAAGGCCCUUGAGGUUAAUUGUUAACUUCUGCAUACAUUACUCUAUAAAUAAACGUCUGAUGUCACAGAGGGUAAGGAAGUCCAGUUUCAGCUUAUUCCUAUGACAGACAAGAUCAUGAAUGAUUAUGUUACCAUAUUUAGUGCCUUGUAAAAGAAACAUUUGAUGGUACUGUCAUUGAUGCAGUUGUAGACAACCUUCUAUUUAAUUUAGAAUAAUCACAGAUAAUACACAUUGUCCACCUAUUUCUUUGGUUCAAGUCUGAAUUCCUGGAUUUUUUCUCCUUUAAAGUGUUUGAAUACCACGACAUCUGUUGGUUCCUACACUGGUGUUAGGGUGUUACAGUCAGACUGAACGUGUUUUCCCAUUUCUGUGUAUGUUUAUGUCUGUGGUACUCUUGUUGGUGUGCCCCAGUCUGUUACUGUAGAUGGUAUGGGAAACUUUAAGUAAACAGCUCUCUUUUAAAGUUAAAUACCAUGUUCAGGUAUUGAUAUAUCUGUAGAAUCGCCAUUAAGUCAGAGAUCAUCCCACCUGAUUUUAAUUAGGAAUUGUACUCUUUAUUUAUAUAAUGAUUUUUUUGUCAAUUUAGUUUCAAUAACUCUUGAAGGAAUAUGAAUUAACUUGGUUGUUAGCUGAUAUACUCUGCAGUCUAAAGUCUGGCCUGUAUGUGAAGGGGUUUGUGUUGUUACAUAAAGUACAUAAACAAACAAGUGCAAUUAGUAGAGACAACUUUGUAAGUUCCUUUUGGUACAUACAGUUGUUUAGUCCUUGUUAAAACACACAGGUGUAUGGUCCCUGUUUGCACAUACAGAUAUAUGGUCCCUGUUUGUAUAUACAGAUGUAUGGUCCCUGUUGGUACAUACAGGUGGUUGGUCCCUGUUGGUACAUACAGAUGGUUAGUCCUUGUUAAAACACACAGGUGUAUGGUCCCUGUUGGUACAUACAGAUGUAUGGUCCCUGUUUGUACGUACAGGUGGUUAGUUCCUGAUGGUACAUACAGAUGGUUAGUCCUUGUUAGAACACACAGGUGUAUGGUCCCUGUUUGUACAUACAGAUGUAUGAACAAUGUUGGUACAUACAGGUGGUUGGUCCCUGUUGGUACAUACAGAUGUAUGGUCCCUGUUGGUACAUACAGGUGGUUAGUUCCUAUUGGUUCAUACAGAUGGUUAGUCCUUGUUAAAACACAGGUGUAUAGUCCCUGUUUGUACAUACAGAUAUAUGGUCCCUGUUUGUACAUACAGAUGUAUGGUCCCUGUUGGUACAUACAGGUGGUUAGUUCCUGUUGGU